AUGCAGUUCUCCCAGACCCUCCUUUCCGCAGCGAUGCUGAUCCUACCCGUCUAUGCUGGUUUCCCUGUCGUCAGCAUUGAGUUCCAAUCUUAUGAAUCUUGCCCCGUUGGUCGUCCCGCGAUGGGCGUGACCAAGUCCACAGCCCAGCUCACCUCGACCCCGUUGUCAUGCGACAAAACUACCGUCAACCGUGACUGGGAUGUCAACAACUAUGCCUUCAAGGCCACAAUGAACACCAAAGAUGCCUACAAGUGCGCCGGUGUGACCGUCUGGAACAACGACGACUGCACUGGCGAGCCCGUGUACUUCCUGCCGUUUGAUGGCAAUACCGAGGUCCAGGGCCAGUGCUUGCCCGACUUCCUGGAGCCUGGAUUUGUCUCCUUCCGCACUGAGUGCUGGCUCGAUGCGCUCUAA